AGUCCAACUCACAUUUCGUCUAAAACUAAAACCCCUCCAAAACCUCCAAUCUGAUUAUCCUCUCUCUGAGCUUGAACCGUGUCUGUGUGAGUAGCUCAAGGCCGAAGCUCCCAUUCCCAUGGUCCAAUCAAUGUCCAAAUUCUCUAUUCCCUCCCUUUUUUUAUUAACUUCCACACCGCCUUAAACUCUCUACCCAUUCAACUUCUAACUUCUUCCUCUUCUUCAAUAAUGGCUUGUGUGCUCCCAGUACCCGACAUUUCCGGACCUCUUGUCUUGAAGCUCAGCUCGUCUCCGAGGAAUUGGACACUGUUCGGGGUCCGGUGCCGCCCUUUCCACUGCAGAACCAAACAUUCUUCACUUUCACUUCCACUCACCAAGGCUGUCUACACCCAGGGCCUCUUGGUCUCCGGACCCGCCAAACCAAGAGAGAAGACGGAGCCCGACCCAGAUCCCAUUUCGGCGCUGAACGAGAGGAUUCGCCGUGAUCGCCGUGACUAUAGCGAGCGAGAUGCUUCCAGAACGGCUAUGAACUCGGAGGAGGCCGAGAAGUACAUUCGGCUGGUGAAGGAGCAGCAGCAAAGGGGCUUGCAGAAGCUCAAGGGUGGGGGCGGGAGCGGGGGCGGUGGUGGUGGGUUUAGUUACAAGGUGGACCCCUAUACUCUUCGUUCUGGGGAUUAUGUUGUGCACAAGAAGGUGGGUAUUGGGCGUUUUGUUGGGAUUAAAUUCGAUGUUCCCAAAGGCUCUACGGAGCCAGUUGAGUAUGUGUUUAUAGAAUAUGCAGAUGGGAUGGCAAAGCUUCCUGUCAAGCAGGCGUCUCGUUUGCUCUAUCGAUAUAAUCUCCCAAAUGAAUCAAAAAGACCCCGGGCAUUGAAUAAAUUGAAUGACACUAGUGUAUGGGAGAGAAGAAAGAGUAAAGGAAAGGUAGCGAUUCAGAAAAUGGUUGUUGACUUGAUGGAGCUGUAUUUGCAUAGGCUGAAGCAAAGAAGGCCUCCCUACCCAAAGAGUCCUGCUAUGGCUGAAUUCACAGCUCAAUUUCCAUAUGAACCCACACCAGAUCAAAAACAGGCCUUUGUUGAUGUGGAGAAGGAUUUGAUAGAGAGAGAAACUCCAAUGGACCGAUUAAUCUGUGGAGAUGUUGGGUUUGGUAAAACUGAAGUUGCCAUACGUGCCAUCUUUUGUGUAGUCUCAGCAGGGAAGCAAGCUAUGGUUCUAGCACCCACAAUUGUAUUAGCCAAACAACACUUUGAUGUCAUUUCAGAGCGAUUUUCUAUAUAUCCUGAUAUCAAGGUUGGACUCCUGAGCAGGUUUCAGACCAAAGCAGAGAAAGAGGAGCACCUGUCCAUGAUUGAAAAUGGUCAACUGGACAUUAUUGUUGGGACUCAUUCACUUCUUGGAAGUCGUGUUGUGUACAAUAAUCUAGGUCUUCUUGUGGUCGAUGAGGAACAGAGGUUUGGUGUCAAGCAGAAGGAGAAGAUUGCUUCAUUUAAAACUUCAGUUGAUGUUCUUACUCUCUCAGCAACCCCUAUACCAAGAACCCUUUAUUUAGCAUUAACAGGGUUUCGUGAUGCAAGUUUGAUUUCGACACCACCUCCAGAACGAGUACCUAUAAAAACUCACCUUUCAGCAUAUAGCAAGGAAAAGGCAAUAUCAGCCAUCAAGUAUGAGCUGGACCGUGGUGGCCAAGUUUUUUAUGUUCUGCCUCGUAUAAAAGGACUUGAAGAAGUGAUGGAAUUUCUUGAACAGUCAUUUCCAAAUGUUGAAAUAGCCAUUGCACAUGGACAGCAAUAUUCAAAGCAGCUUGAGGAAACCAUGGAGAGAUUUUCACAAGGUGAAAUUAAGAUCCUUCUAUGCACAAAUAUUGUGGAAAGUGGACUUGAUAUUCAAAAUGCAAACACCAUCAUAAUUCAGGACGUUCAACAAUUUGGCCUAGCUCAGUUGUACCAGUUGCGUGGAAGGGUGGGGCGCACGGAUAAGGAAGCUCAUGCACACUUAUUUUACUCUGAUAAGUCAGUACUUUCUGAUCAAGCACUGGAGAGGCUUUCAGCUCUAGAAGAAUGCCGCGAACUAGGCCAAGGCUUUCAACUUGCAGAGAGAGACAUGGGUAUUAGAGGUUUUGGUACCAUCUUUGGUGAGCAACAAACAGGUGAUGUCGGAAAUGUAGGCAUUGAUCUCUUCUUUGAGAUGCUCUUUGAGAGCUUGUCCAAGGUUGAAGAGCAUCGUGUAAUUUCAGUUCCCUACCAAUCUGUUCAGAUUGAUAUAAAUGUAAACCCUCAUCUAUCUUCUGAGUACAUAAAUUAUCUGGAGAACCCUAUGGAAAUAAUUAAUGAAGUUGAGAAAGCUGCUGAGGAGGGCAUCUGGAGUUUGAUGCAAUUUACAGAGAAUCUGCGCCGCCAAUAUGGAAAAGAGCCUUACUCCAUGGAGAUUCUAUUGAAGAAGCUUUAUGUGAGGAGAAUGGCAGCAGAUCUGGGGAUAAGUAGAAUCUAUGCUUCAGGAAAGAUGGUUCGCAUGAAAACAAACAUGUCUAAGAAGGUUUUCAAGUUGAUAUUGGAUUCGAUGGUGUCUGAUGUUCAACGAAAUUCAUUGGAUUUUGAGGGCGAUCAAAUUAAGGCAGAACUUCUUUUAGAGCUACCAAGAGAACAACUCCUGAAUUGGAUAUUCCAAUGCUUGGCUGAACUUCAUUCUUCACUACCAGCCUUAAUAAAAUACUAAUUCUUUCUAAAGGAGGAAGGGAAAAACAAUUUUGGACUUGCUCUAGUCUUUGGCACUUUACUCACUGUGUGCUUCAAGAUUGGAUAUAUCAUAUAUGCAUUGGGUGGGAUCGUGGAAAUUACAGUUGAGAAUCUCUCCAUCUCUGAUGCUUUUGCGACCUGGGGUUGCAAGCUUGUGAUGCCUUUGCAUAAAUCAAAUGAAAUUAUACCAAGUCAGAACCAACUAAUGCAACUUAUCUGUACUUUAUGAACAUAUUCUUCUGGUGAUCUUGGUGGCCGGAUCAGAACCAGCAAGUCAUUCAUGUCAAAGUUUUUGCAGGGGGGAAAUUUACGUGUGACCUGCUUUACUUCAAUUUGUACUUGGAGGGGAACUACUUCACUGUGAAAAGAACGCAGAUUGGCUUGGGAAAAAUCGAUAUAUCCUGGACUAGUAGAAUGUAGCCCUUGCAUUGGGAAAGAAGUGUAUACCGUAGUUGUUAUAUUAUAUAGAAGCAUUGAUUUGGGUAACCUAUUGUGAUUCAUUAAGUCACCAUAGAUUCUCCAGAAACGGAGGUCUCGUAACCAUAGGUGCCUUCUUUUUUUUUUUUUGUGUGGGGUUUUUGGAUAAAUCAUAGUUUUAGUUACGAGGGUAUAUGCUAUUCUGUGUAAUUAAUUGGGGAAUCAUUGUUGUAGUAAAGCAGGUGAAUUGUUCAAAAAAAUAUCAGAGUGUAGAGGCUGAAAAUUGGUGGUCCA